GUGUUUCAGAGAUCAUGGGAGGUCGUUGACGUUCGACCCGGUCUUCAGCUAAAGGAAACCUAUCAGAGUCGUCUGGUGCACUGUGACGGGUCCCAACAUGGCCGCCCAUCGGAUCAGAGCCACCGCCAACAACAACACUUCCCUCCCUCGCUGCAAAUCCGAGGGGACACUCGUCGACCUGAGCGAAGGUGUUUCUGAAGCUACGCUCACUGAUGUCAAAGUGCCUUCUCCCAGUGCCUUACGACUGGACGCGACCGCCUCUUUCGGCACCGCUAGGGAAGUUGUUGCCAUAAAGGACUACUGCCCAUCCAGCUUCACCACCCUCAAGUUCUCUAAAGGCGACCGUCUCUAUGUCCUGGACUCGUCGGGAGCAGAGUGGUGGUACGCCCACAACAACACGGAGAUGGGCUACAUCCCUGCUGCUUACGUGGAACCCAUCAACUACAGAGACUCGUCCUUCAGCGACAGUGGGAUGAUUGACACUGUGGGAGAUUUUAACGAGGAGGCGGCCAAAGAACUGGACCUGUUGGGAGAGUGGUCGGGGGUGAUCCUGAAACCAACCACCUUCCAAAAUGGAAAUCCUUUUGCAGCAACCCAUACCUCUACGAACCCUUUCCUGAACGGAGGUCCUCAGAGUUCACUCGAUCAGAACAGUAAUGAGAAAUCAGUGGACCUCCUUCUGUUUGACUCGCUCGCUCCAUCAGUGCCCAACUCCACCAGCAGCACUGCCGACAUCAAUGGUUUUGGCAGUUCCGUUUUUAACCCAAUCAGUCCCACUGUGGGCUUGGGACAAACGUUGCGCAGGGACAACCCAUUUUUUCGAAGCAAGCGGUCCUACAGUCUGUCUGAGCUUUCCAUCCUGCAGGCUCAGUCCGACUCCCCUCAGGUCUCUGGCGGUUUCUUCGGAGGCCUGAAAGCACCAGCUCCAGAGCAGUUCCAGAGCCGGGAAGAUUUCAGGACAGCGUGGCUCACCCACCGCAAGCUUGCCAGGUCCUGCCAUGACUUGGACUCACUGGGUCAGAGCCCAGGCUGGGGACAAACGCAACCGGUGGAAACCAACAUCGUUUGUCGCCUGGACAGCUCAGGAGGCGCCGUUCAGCUUCCAGACACCAACAUCAGCAUCCACAUACCCGAGGGUCACGUGGGCCCUGGGGACACUCAGCAGAUCUCAAUCAAAGCUCUGCUCGACCCGCCGCUGGAGCUGAACAAUGACCGCUGCACCACCGUCAGCCCUGUGGUGGAGAUCAAACUCAGCAACAUGGAGACCAAAACCACCGUGACCCUGGAGAUGAAGGUUUCUGUCGUGGUGAAGAUGGAGAGCAGACAGAUGUCAAAAGUCUUGUGCGUCAGGAGUGAUUGUAAAGAGGGACCUUACUCUGCCAUUCCUCAGGCCUACAUGUACGGGGACACAGUUCAAGUGUGUCUUGAUAACCUGGAACCGAGCAUGUACGUGUGCGUUGUGGCUCAGUCCCACUCUUUAGCUCCGGACUCCACGGUUUGGGAGCAUGUGGUUAAAAAGAUCACCUUAGGAGUGUACGGCCCCAAACAUAUUCACCCGUCCUUCAAAACAGUUGUAGCCAUGUUUGGCCAUGAUUGUGCCCCAAAGACUCUGUUGGUGAGUGACGUCGGCAAGCAGGCGCAGUCUGCUCCGCCCGUAGCGCUGCAGCUCUGGGGUAAACACCAGUUUGUAUUGUCCAGACCGCAGGACCUCCGCGUUGGCGUUUACUCCAACAUGGCCAACUACGAGGUAAAGGCUAGUGAUCAGGCCAGAGUGGUCCGGGGCUUCCAGGUCAAACUGGGCAAAGUCAGCAGGCUCGUCUACAUCAUCGCUUCACGCAACAGUGAGGACGUCUCUGAUUUCACCCUAAGAAUCCAGAUCAAAGAUGACCUAGAUUGUAUCCUGGCUCAGUUUUGUGUCCAGACACCGACCCCACCACCCAAAGCAGGUCCAAAGACAUCAGUGCAGCGCCGCUUCCUGAAGAAGAAGGAAGUCGGCAAGAUAGUUCUGUCUCCUCUUGCUGUUGCCACCAAAUACCCGGUUUUCCAGGACAGGAGGAUAAACAACCUGAAGUUUGGAAAGUUAAUAAAAACUGUGAUCCGACAAACUAAGAACCAGUACCUGCUGGAGUACAAGAAAGGAGACUUUGUAGCUCUGUUGAGUGAAGAGAAAAUCAAGCUGAAGGGUCAGCUGUGGACAAAAGAAUGGUACAUUGGAUAUUAUCAGGGCCGAACAGGAUUCGUCCACGCAAAGAACGUGCUAGUGGUUGGCAAAGUGAAACCCAUUUACUUCAGCGGGCCAGAUCUCACCACCGCAAUACUCCUGGAGCAAACACUGAAGCCCUGCAAGUUCCUCACAUACAUCUACGCCUCUGUGAGAACUAUACUGAUGGAGAAUAUCGGGAACUGGCGAGCCUUCGCCGACGCCCUCGGAUAUGUCAACCUGCCGCUGACGCACUUCUGCCGCGCGGAGCUGGACAGCGAACCUGAGCGGGUGGCAUCGGUGCUGGAGAAGCUGAAGGAGGACUGCAACAACACAGAGUGCAAAGAGAGGAAGUCCUUCCAGAAAGAACUCCUGACG